CUUUUGGGAGACCUUGAUGGAUCUUUCUUUUGGCAGGCUCCACUUCCACACAACUUGUUUGUUCUUGUCGGAUACCAAACCAUCACCAUGAAGUACACUACCGCUCUUGUCACCGCCUUGAUGGCAGCUCCUGCCUUGGCGUUUGCUCCCAUUGCUCCCAACACCCGCUCUGCUAGUACUGCGUUGAAUGCCGAAAUUCGUCCCAAGACGGAAAAGUCGGAAGAACUCCGAUUCGGAUGGGAUGGUACCACCGCUCUGGGAGGUGCCGUCGAGAAUGCCGCCCCCGCACGCAUGUUGGAAGAUAUCCGUGCCGCCGGUGAAACCAUCCCCGAUGAGUGCGAAAUCUUUAAUGCCAAUCUCGAAAUGGAUGCAUCCGACUUGACAUUUGAAGAUGUCAUGGAACUCAUUGAUACCCACUACGAGUCGCAAUUGCUCGAAUUCAAAAAUGGUGACAUGCUCAACAAGCAGGGAGAAAACGAAGGAAGUGCCAAGAUCUUGUCCUAUGCGGCUCUGUCGAAUUUGGACAAGGAUCUUACUCUCAAGCUCUGGGGACAAUACUACAGAGACGUUGUGGCCAGCCCUGAUGGUGAUGACCAUCAAAACAUCCGCAACUUUAUGAAAACUGGUUGGGAGGGUGUUCCCUUUGAAAAUGGAAUUGCCCUCACCAGAAAGCAAGUCGGUGAAAAUGAAUGGGAUGCCUUUGCCGAGAGUUGGAUUCCAUAAGUUAGUUAGUUAGCGUGCAUAACGUUACUACUAGCCACCAACAAAUGUAGCAAAAGAAAAGUGGCUCGUAAGUCGAUUUGACACACACUAGCUAGUGGAUGGCCCAAACAACUCAUUUUCUCCUGUCUGCCGGCACAUUUUUCGUAUCGAUUGGACUACAUAUACUAUUGUCUUCUAGCCACUUCUACCUAGCUAGGUCCAUCUCCCCUCACCCUUUAUUUGUUUGUCCCCACAGCAUGUACUUCGUGCUCACACAGCACGGCGCGAUCCUAGUUUGCACAUCGGCUUUCUUCCUGUGUCAUGGCUUCGAACUCCUUCGGGUCUUGAUCUUUGACAAUUCUAGAGACAAAUUCUGCUCUCCUGUGACGCCUGUUUGUUGACAAACAGAGCUCCAGCGUUCCAUGCCCAGCCUCCACCUCCAAGCUUCUUACAUCCACAGAUUGGGUACAAUUGGUUGCUCCAUCCUGCGCCUUCUCUGCCAGCUAAGGGUGGUUCUGGAGCUACGCACCUGUAAACCAACUCCGCUGAAUUAGAGGAUUGCUGACUUGAUGAGAUCCGCCAGCAUUUUGAGCACCAUCAAAAUUGUCCCGACAAACGAGGAAGUGCUGCGGCAGGCAAUGCCCACUUCUUGCUGCCACCACAGCCUUUGACUGUCCGAAUUUCCUUUUGGAAUGCCUUGCCAAGACCCCUGAAAGUUAAUGCUUUGGCAUGGUCCAUGCUACCUGUGCUACCUGCUGGGUACUUAUCGGUGGGUUGAGGGGGCUGUGUUUGAUCUUGGCUGUUCAGACUUGGGCAAAAACAGUCUCCAAGCUUGCCCGGUACUGAGUACCGGUACUGAAAGCAAAGUCUGGCGAGUUGCAUG